AUGGAUACUUCUGAACAAAAGCAGAUGAUACGAGUUCCUAUGUCAAGACCUGGUUAUGGAACAAAAGGGCAGAAAAUUCGUCUAUGUACUAAUCACUUCAAUGUCAAGAUUGCGAAUAUUGAUGACUACUUCUUUCAUUACUCUGUUGCCCUCUACUAUGAAGAUGGAAAACCUGUUGAAAUGAAGGGCAUAGGAAGGAAAGUAAUGGACAAGAUCAAUGAAACUUAUCGCUCAGAGAUGGGUGGCAAGGACUUUGCUUAUGAUGGCGAGAAGACCUUGUUUACUGUUGGAUCUCUCCCGAGAAACAAGCUGGAAUUCACUGUUGUGCUCGACAAGGUCUCAUCUGAAAGUUGUAGGAAUGAUGGCAAGAGCAGCCCUGGAGGUGAUGGAAGUCCUAGAGAAAAUGAUAAGAAGAGGAGAAAGCGUGCAUCUCAAAGCAAGACUUUUCGGGUGGAAAUCAGCUAUGCUACAAAAAUCCCAAUGAAGGCAAUAGGCGAUGCUCUUCGAGGUAAAGACUCUCAGGAGUUUCUAGAUGCUAUCCGGGUGCUAGAUAUAGUACUCAGGCAACACGCUGCAAAGCAGGGAUGUCUUCUGGUGAGACAGUCAUUCUUUCAUGAUGAUGAUAGAAACUUCACAGAGCUUGGAGGUGGUAUCCUUGGUUGCAGGGGCUUCCAUUCAAGUUUUCGAGCUACUCAAAAUGGAUUGUCUUUAAACAUGGAUGUUACGCUCACUACAAUUGUUCAACCUGGACCCUUGGUUGAUUUCCUAAUCAACAACCAGAAUGCAGGAGAUCCAUACCAUAUUGAUUGGGCAAAGGCUAAGCGCACUCUGAAAAAUCUGAGGAUAAAAGUAGCCCCCGCCAAUACAGAGUGGAGAAUCUGUGGUUUGAGUGAAGAAACAUGCAAACGACAGAGGUUCUCACUGAGGAGGAGGUCAUCCGAAAGAGACGGAGAUGAAUUUCAGGAGAUUGAAUUGACAGUAUAUGAUUAUUUUGUCAAUCAACGGAAGAUAAGGCUUCAGUACUCAGGAGACUUACCUUGUAUUAAUGUGGGCAAACCAAAGAGGCCAACUUACAUACCCAUUGAGCUGUGUUCACUGCUUCCUCUACAAAGGUACACAAAAGCACUAACAGUCCAUCAACGAUCAUCAUUGGUUGAAAAAUCAAGACAAAAACCUCAAGAAAAGACAAGGAUCCUCACUGAUGCUAUAAGGAGAUCCAACUAUGCUGCUGAGCCAAUUCUACGUACCUGUGGCAUCUCAAUCAACAGCGAUUUUAUGCAGGUUGAUGGCCGUGUUCUGGCAGCUCCUAAGUUGAGUUUCAAAGAUGGAGACGAAUUUCCUAGAAAUGGUCGCUGGAAUGUUAACCGCAAGAAAUUUAAGGAACCCAUUACUAUUAAAAACUGGGUGUUGGUGAACUUCUCCGCACGCUGUGACACACGCAGUCUUUGUAGAGAUCUGACGAAGUUUGGGGAAAUGAAGGGGAUUUCCAUUGCGGCCCCAUCGUGUAGUAUUGAGGAGAAUCCACAGGAUAGACGAGCACCACCUCUUGUUCGAGUGGACAAAAUGAUUGAGCAAGUGAGGUCACAGCUACCAGAUAAACGGAAACCCCCCAUCUUUAUUCUCUGCGUGCUUGCUGAGAGGAAAAAUUCUGAAAUAUAUGGUCCUUGGAAAAAGAAGGCCCUUGUUGACCUUGGAACAUUUACUCAAUGUUUGGCACCUCAAAGAGUUAAUGAGCAGUAUCUCAACAAUCUUCUCCUUAAGAUCAAUGUCAAACUUGGUGGAGUGAACUAUCAGCUGGCAGUCGAGCGUAACAUUCCUCUGUUCACUAACAAGCCUACCAUAAUCUUUGGCAUGGAUGUCUCUCAUGGCUCCCCUGGCCAGUCUGGAGUGCCAUCAAUUGCUGCUGUUGUGAGUUCUAGAUGCUGGCCAUCGAUAUACAAAUACAGGGCAUCUGUCCGUUCUCAGUCCCCAAAAGUUGAAAUGAUAGACUCUCUCUUCAAACCCUUGCCUGGAGAAAAUGAUGGAGGCAUUAUUAGGGAGCUUCUGGAGGACUUCUACAUAAGUUCAAACCAAGUUAAACCGUUGCAAGUCAUAAUAUUCAGGGAUGGAGUGAGUGAGUCACAGUUCAAGCAGGUUCUCAACAUAGAAUACGAGCAAAUUCUUCAGGCAUGUAAGGCACUUGAUGAAAGUUGGUCUCCCAAGUUUACGAUAAUCGUCGCUCAGAAAAAUCAUCAUACCAGGUUUUUCCAACCAGGAAGCUCUGACAAUGUACCACCUGGAACUAUUGUUGACAACAAAGUUUGCCAUCCCCAAUACUAUGAUUUCUACAUGUGUGCGCAUGCAGGGAUGAUUGGCACAAGCAGGCCAACUCACUACCAUGUAUUGCUAGAUGAGAUAGGCUUUUCACCAGAUGAGCUGCAAGAAUUGGUUCAUUCUCUAUCCUAUGUGUACCAGAGGAGCACUACUGCUAUAUCUAUAGCUGCACCAAUUCGAUAUGCUCACCUGGCAGCCACGCAAGUCUCGCAAUUCCUGAAGUACGAGGACCUGUCAGAAACAUCAUCAGGUCAUGGAAGCAUGACUUCUGUCGGAAAUCCUCUCGUUCCUGAGCUGCCCAAGCUGCAUGAAAGAGUGUGCACCUCCAUGUUCUUCUGCUGAUCAAUAUACUUUUAUCUGGGAUAUUGUCAAGACUACUAAGUGCAACUUGCUAUUUAAGCUUUUGGUUAACUGCUAAAUAUGCAAAUGGCUGUAGCUGAAUGUCAUUGUGGAUAGAUCAUCCGCAUUAGUUUUUGAAAUUUUGGACUACAUUCUCGGUUAGUUCUUCAAAAAACUAAUUAAACCUUGUUAAACCGUAACAAGGUAAGGUUACAUAACUUUUUUUUUUUUUGUGUACAUGAGGAAAGUUAGGACACCCUUCUCUCUAAGGAGGUUUUUAACGAAUUAAGAAGAAUAAAUUUAUGUAACGAGAAAUCUGUUGA